AAUGGAUGAUGAUGAUGAUGACAUUCCCCAGCUUUCAUCCCAUGCGUUGGCUGCCCUCCAGGAGUUCUAUUUGGAACAGCAGCAGAGAGAGGGCAUGAAGACCUCCCAGGGGUUUAAUCAAUAUUCCGUUGGCUCAAUAGAAGAAGACUGGCAACUGAGCCAGUUUUGGUACAGUGAUGAAACUGCGUCAUGCCUGGCUAAUGAAGCGGUUGUGGCAGCUGGAAAAGGUGGCAGGAUAGCAUGUGUUAGUGCACCAAGCGUGUACCAGAAACUGAAAGAACAGGAUGGUAAAGAUUUUUCAGUGUGUGUACUGGAGUACGACAGAAGGUUUUCUGUAUAUGGAGAAGAAUUUAUCUUCUAUGAUUACAACCACCCUUUGAACUUACCUGAAAAUCUCCUGCCACACAGUUUUGACAUCGUAAUAGCAGAUCCACCCUAUCUCUCUGAGGAAUGUCUUCAAAAAACUGCAGAGACCAUAAAAUACUUAACAAAAGGAAAGAUCCUGCUUUGCACCGGUGCAAUCAUGGAGGAACAAGCAGCAAAGCAUCUUGGUGUGAAGAUAUGCAAGUUUAUUCCAAAACACUCUCGAAACUUAGCCAAUGAAUUUCGAUGUUAUGUGAACUAUGCUUCUGGACUGGACUGAUUCUCGUAAGAUCCACAACCUUUUCAGUCAAGAUCCUUUCUGUUUUUUAUCAGUGACUCCACAUUUCUCAAUGCUGA